UGUGUCCGUAGGAAAGGCAAUAUGGGAACAAAUACCUUUGGAAGAGCAGGAGCUCUCCUGACUCCAGGGCAAUGGCCCCAGGGCUUCCAGAGCGCUGUUCCCAGGCCCAGGGAUCCCGGGAGCCUCGGGUGUCUCCCAGAUGUGCUUCCCAGGAUUCCUUCCCCAGGGAUUUCUUUGCUUUUCCACUGUGGAUGAAGCGAGGAGAAAGGGGAGCUCCUAGCUCCAGGGGCAACAGGAAAAUCGUGAAUUUUUGGGGAAAUGAGACCUGCUCACCCAGGGAAGGCAAACUGAGACCUGCUCACCCAGGGAAGGCAAACUGGGAGAGCAGGAUGCACACAGUGGAGUCCUCGGUAAACCCUGUGUUCCUGAAUCCAAGGAAAACCUGGGCAUGGGGUGUUUGGAUGAAUCUGAGCAGUGUGAGAGGGAUUUUAAAAACCCAAAAUCGUGUAAAGAAACUGCUAGAAAGGAGGGGGCUCCUGGUUCUUCUCUCUGUGGGAAGCAGGGGGAUGCUGUGGCUCCCGGCUCGGGAGGAGCGGGCUCUCGGUCGGACCAGCGUGCCAAGAAGCUGGGAGCAGGCAGAGGGAAGGGGCCGCCGAGGGGGAUCGGCCCUGCCGAGCUCCAGCAUCGCCGCGUCCCCUGCAGGUCCAGGCGCUCCCCCCGCGGCACCGCGCCAAGGAAAACACCGGCAACCCGAUCCCUUCCCGCUGUUUGUCCCGGAGCCGGAGCCGGGGGCCGAGCCCGAGCCGGGGGCUGCUCCCGAGCCGGGGCUCGCUGCCGCGGUGCCCGCAUGGCGCUGCUGCUGCUGCUGCUGCUGCCGCUGCUGGCGGGCGCUGCCCCGGCCCCGGCCGUGCCCCCGGCCAUGCCCGCGCCCCGGGAGCUGGCGCGCUCCGUGCUGGAGACGCACGGGCAGGAGCUGCGGCUGCUGCGGCUGCUGGCAGUGGCCAGGACGAGCUUCGACUGGGGGACUCACUUCAGCAUCAACUUCACGGCCCGGCAGCCGCCCUGCCCCAAGCCCGCCCCGGACCCCCGCGGCUGCCGGGGCCGCCCGGGCAGGGUGCAGCGCUGCUCGGCCCAGGUGUCCGUGUUCACCUUCCUGCCCGACGUGCCGCUGUCGAUGGUGGAGUGCGGCCGGGAGCCGCAGCCCGGUGACAGCGCCCAGCCCCGCUCCCCUGGCACCGACCCAGGUCACUCAUCCUCCUCAUCCUCAUCCUCCUCAUCCUCGGGGCCCCCCCCGCGGCCUCGGCCCCCUCCCAGCGCGUCCCUGCGGGGACCGUCCCGCCGCCCCCUGUCCCCGGCGGAGCUGCAAUAAAGAGAUUUGGGGGUCGGACGUGUGCGUGUGUGGGGGUGACGGUUCGGGGCGCCCGGGGGGCACCCCCGGCGUUGGGCAACAGCGAUGGGGCAACUCUGGGCUUGUGCAACCCUGGCACGGGCAACGUGUCACCCCCCGAGGGGUCCCGGCCCCCAAACACCCCGAGCCCGGCCAAGGGGCUC